ACUCCUCUUGUUUUCUCCUGGAUCUUUGGCCGAGUCAGCCGCUUAAAGUGAUCUGCUGCGGACGAUGCCGGAGUGAGAGCCGUGUUUACAUUCGUCCUCUGCGGCUGUGUGUUCCGCCUGCAGCCGGCUGCCAGCGGAGGGUACCAGGAGACUGUAGCCGUACAGGAGCAUCACAGGGCGGCGUCAGAACACGGACUACCGGCCUGCUCUCAACUGCGUGCGUCUGUGGAUUUGACUGUGAAGAAGCGCUGCCAGCUUCCAGGUCUUUAGGGACAUGAGCGGAAGAGUUGGAGACCUCAGUCCUAAGCAGGCUGAGGCACUGGAACAAUUUCGCUCGAAGAUACAAGACAUUCUUCCUCUACUUCCGGCACAGCAUGACCACUUCCUGCUGCGUUGGCUCCGAGCGAGAAACUUCAAUGUGCAGAAGUCUGAGGCCAUGCUGCGAAAGCACCUGGAGUUCAGGAAACAGAUGAAAGUAGACGCAAUAAUCACUGACUGGCGUCCGCCGGAGGUGAUAGAGAAGUAUCUCUCAGGAGGGAUGUGUGGAUACGACCGCGAGGGCAGCCCCGUCUGGUACGACGUGAUCGGACCCGUGGAUCCCAAAGGACUCUUCCUGUCUGCGUCCAAGCAGGACUUCAUCAAGUCCAAGAUCAGAGACUGCGAGAUGCUGCAGCAGGAAUGCACACUGCAGUCAGAGAGACUGGGCAGUAAUGUCGAGUCGAUCACGAUGAUCUACGACGUUGAAGGUCUGGGACUGAAGCACUUAUGGAAGCCUGCGAUAGAAACAUACGGAGAGAUCCUGCAGAUGUUUGAAGAUAACUACCCAGAGGGCCUGAAGAGGCUGUUUGUUAUUAAGGCUCCUAAACUCUUUCCUGUGGCCUAUAACCUCGUCAAGCACUUUCUGAGCGAGAACACACGGCAAAAGAUCUACAUCCUGGGAGCUAACUGGCAGGAGGUUUUACUGAAGUACAUCGAUGCAGAGGAGCUGCCGGCCAUUUACGGAGGGAAGCUGACGGAUCCUGAUGGCGAUCCUCGUUGUCGGACCAGGAUAAACCAUGUCGGGCCAGUUCCCCCUUCCUACUACGUGCGGGACCACGUCAAAGUGGAUUAUGAGUACUGUAUGACCGUCAGUCGAGGUUCGUCCCAGCAGCUGGACUAUGAGAUCUUGUUCCCAGGCUGCGUGCUCCGGUGGCAGUUUGCCUGUGAGGGUGCAGACGUUGGUUUUGGGGUGUUUCUGAAGACGAAAAAGGGCGAGUGGAGGAAGGCGUCUGAAAUGGAGGAAGUCAUUCCCAGCCAGCGGUACAACGCUCACCUGGUACCUGAGGACGGAUCGCUGACCUGCGAGCGUCCGGGAGUCUAUGUGCUGAGAUUUGACAACACCUACAGCAUCUUCCAGGCCAAACGGGUCAGUUACAGCGUCGAGGUCCUGCUCCCGGACCAGUUGCAGUCUCAGCGGGAAGCCCACGCCAACAGGACCAACGGCAAGUCCAGCGGCCACGCGCUAACGGGCGACGACAGCCAGUCGCACGUCUGACUCGUUCAGGGAUGUUUAGCCGCUAAUGAGAAGCACAGCCUGACAUACUUGAUGUAAACCGGACCGCGCCGCUCACUAAUUCUGGGUUCUUAGUGGGGGUGUAACGAUACAGCUAGGUCUGUUUUGAAUGUCUUAUUAAAGAGCCAAAAAAUAUCUAUCUAGGUUUCUUUUUUCUCCCAUUUUAAACAAAAUAAAAUAUCCCCCUCAAAAAGAAAUCAAACCAUUCUUACUAACGAUGAGCUUCAGACCCAGUGGGCAAUUUAACUUCAUUGUUUUUCUGCUGUAAAAUUUGAACAAAGCCAUAUGUCAAACUUUACUGUCUGAUUAACAAAAAGGCAUAUCUGUUUAUAAGAAAAAAUGUAAUAAACAAAUUUGUUUAAAGAAUGCCAAAUCAAAUCAGAAAACCUUCCCUUAAUAAUAAAAUCUUUACAUUUACUGUUCAUUUGGCUCUAAAUUAGGCACUUGGUUAAUUUAGUAUCUAUUAGGUUUAUACAUAUUCAAUAAAUUUGAAUAUUUUUGAAAAGUAUAUUUAUUUCAGUAACUCAGUUCCCUAAGGGAAACACGUUAUAUAGAUCAACACAUGCUGAUGAUGUUUUGAAGCCAUUAUUUCAACUAAUUAGCCCCCCCCCCAACUCCAGCUAAUAAAAAGAAAGCAUUUAAGAUUGAAAUAUUGCAUCAGUCCAAUAAAAAAGCAAAAUGUUUCAUGCAGAAAUGUUAGCUCAAUCAAAAUUAUGUGUUUUUCUUUUCCAAAAGGUAAUUUUGAUCUGUCAAAAAGCCUCUCAGAAAUGCAUAUUCUAAUUGAUUGAAUAUAUCUGCACAUUUUCUGAUGUUAAUUGCAGCUGCUUCAAAGUGAGAUUUUUAUAUAUUUUACCAUAUAGUCGCCCUUUGCUGGCCACCGCUACCACCGUAUCCCCGGGCCCCUGAAACAUUUGCAAACGGCAGAUUUUAAACCAAGAAUGUGGGAUUACAGAGGCCCCCUGCACACUGUCAAUACUACCAUACCAUAUCAGCAUUAUUUAUAAAGUACGACCAUAGUACUCUGCAGUUACAGUCAGCUGCAGUCACAGCGUAUAAUAAAAAAGCCUGAACACAAAAUUAAAACGAUAAAAAAGAACCAAGCAGUUCUAAUGUUGCUGUGUUUGCAAACAGGCUGACAAAUUGUGUUUAAUCUGUUCAAUAUAAACGGAAGAAUCCAUAAAUGUCCACCGUGUGAACAUCCCAGCGGUCACCAGCAGCACUUACUUUUAUUUACGGCGCGUUCCAGAGAGCGUAGCAUGGCGCUUUGGUGCAAAUACCUGAACGUUACAUUCCUACUUAUCAUCAAGGCCCAGUAGUGCAACAGUUCAGAUGAUGAAUAAGUCAUUCAAUAAAUAUUUGUGUAUGUGACAAAUAUAUGAAGGCUAAAAUGCAUAUAAUAAAUAAAUAAACAUGUAGCCUGCAAGAAUCCGUGGGUAUAAACAUCGGAAAUAAUUCUGCAUGAUUUUAAAAGGCAGUUAAUUCUCGCUUUAAGUAUUGGUUUCCACAUUUGAAGAUUUAAUCAUGUGUUUAAUUAAUUCUUGACACAUUUUUGAACAUACAGUAUAUAUAUUUUUUGUUUAAUUAAUUUAUUAGUUUUAUAUAACACAUAAAAACUACGAAUAUGUAUUUGACAACUGAUUAUGGUUGAAUAUUCAUCAACAGUUUAAUCAUCUUGUUUGCCCAUUUUCUGAAAUCUUUGAAUUUAUUUUUAGGUUUUAAAUCAACCAAUGUCAUUGUUGUGUUAUUUGACUUGAUGUAAAAGUGGAUAUAAAUAUAAAUUUAUGGAGAAUAUCUAAAAAUUAUAGACCGACUAAAUAUGUUUUCUAUGUAGAAGAUAAAUAUUUUUUUCCAAUUUUUUUUUAUCGUGAGCAGCAUAAGAAGUGAUUUAUUGAUAUUUUGCAGUGAAACAAAAGAAGCACUAGAAUUUCUCAAGUUUGUACAAAGUUUGGUAAUUGUCCACGUAAAACGGCAACAAUACUCGGACCAAAAAUGCCAGAAAGAUUUUUUUUUUUUUUUAAUUUAACCUUUAUUUAUACAGUUAUUCUUGUCCAGAUGCAAGAUCUCCUUUCUAUGAGAGACCUGUCUGAUGAACAGAUGCUUACAUCUUGUAUUAAAUGUUCUGUACAUGAAAUGUUAUCCUGUUUUGAACUGGUCUGUGACCAUUUGCUGAUGUUUUCUGGAAUUAUGUAGCAGAAAACCCAAAAGAAACGGGUGUUUCUAUACUCACAGGUACAUGUGGAUGUUAACCAUUCCUGGUGCCCUGCUUAAAGGCACGUCUUUCUCUUCUUUACAUGUAACUAACACAACUUCAAACAUUUCUGUAAAUAUUGAAGGUAAUCAAUAUGAGAAAAAUAAUCUUGUAUUGAUGCAAUGUUGGCAGAUAUUUUAUUUUUAAUCAGCAGUAUUAUACAUUCAUUCACUGUCUUUGAGAUGUAAUUGGAUCUUAUUUCAGUGUUUACGUCAACAGAUAUUUGCUGAAUGUAGACUGGGAGCUGGAAGAAGUUCUCUUUCCUCUCUGCAUUAUGACUGUUUCUAUCUUAUUCCAAACUCCCCAAUAUAUUGGCUUACCUGGACACUUGUUUAUGUUAAGAUUUAAUUUAAGUCUUAAUUGGUCACUGUCUGCUGUUUAUUGUGUGGCUUCCAAUUGAAGUGUGUUUCAGAUGUUCAUACUGUACCUAAAUAAAAAAAAAAUAAAAUA